GCUUCGGACCUGAAUCUUGUUCUUCCAACAUGGAUGGGAAAACUAUAGAGGAACCCAUUUCUGCAGUAUCAAAGUCUAAAAUUUCCACCAAGAUGGAGAACACAGCACAGUGGUUGGUUGAGGAUCAUGCCCAAAUAUGGGAUGUUUUAAAGACUGAGGAGAGCUCGAUUCAGGACUGGGGUGAAGAGGUAGAGGAAGGAGCUGUUUACCAUGUCACCCUCAAAAGAGUCCAAAUUCAACAGGCUGCCAAUAAAGGAGCACGCUGGCUAGGGGUUGAAGGGGACCAAUUGCCUCCUGGACAUACAGUCAGCCAGUAUGAGACAUGUAAAAUCAGGACUAUAAAAGCCGGUACCUUGGAGAAACUUGUGGAAAACUUAUUGACAGCUUUUGGAGACAAUGACUUUACCUAUAUCAGCAUCUUCUUGUCAACUUAUAGGGGUUUUGCCUCCACUAAAGAAGUACUGGAGCUGCUUCUGGACAGGUAUGGCAACCUGAAGAGCCCAAACUGUGAAGAAGAUAGAAGCCAAAAUUCAUCAGAAUGCAGGACAGUGCUCAGGAAUGCAAUAGCCUCCAUCUUGAGGGCUUGGCUGGACCAAUGUGCCGAAGACUUCCGAGAACCACCGCAUUACACUUGCUUGCAGAAACUGCUAGAUUAUCUUAAACGGACUAUGCCAGGCUCUGACCCUGAAAGAAGAGCACAGAACCUUUUGGAACAGUUUCAGAAACAGAAAGUGGAAACUGAUAAUGGAUUUCAUAAUGCUCUCACUUUCAAUCUGGACGAAGAAGAGGAGCUGGAGGGUGGUGGAUCAAGUGAAUUCACUUUAUUCAGAGAAGACCUUGUGGCAGAACAACUGACUUACAUGGAUGCCGAACUAUUCAAGAAAGUAGUACCACAUCACUGCUUGGGCUGUAUUUGGUCUCAAAGGGAUAAGAAGGAAAACAAACAUUUGGCUCCCACCAUCCGGGCCACCAUCUCUCAGUUUAAUACCCUCACCAAAUGCGUCGUCAGCACCAUCUUGGAAGGCAAAGAACUCAAAACUCAGCAUCGGGCCAAAAUCAUCGAGAAGUGGAUUAACAUUGCUCAUGAAUGUAGGAUCCUGAAGAAUUUUUCCUCAUUGAGAGCCAUCGUUUCAGCCCUGCAGUCUAAUUCAAUUUAUCGGUUAAAAAAGACUUGGGCUGCCGUCCCAAAGGACAGAAUGUUGAUGUUUGAAGAACUUUCAGAUAUCUUCUCAGACCACAAUAAUCAUUUGACCAGCCGGGAAUUGCUGAUGAAGGAAGGCACCUCAAAAUUUGCAAAUUUGGACAGCAAUGUGAAAGAAAACCAGAAGAGGACCCAAAGACGGCUUCAGCUGCAGAAGGAUAUGGGAGUCAUGCAGGGAACCGUGCCCUAUCUUGGGACCUUCUUGACUGAUUUGACCAUGCUGGACACUGCUCUCCAAGACUACAUCGAGGGUGGACUGAUCAACUUUGAGAAAAGGAGAAGAGAGUUUGAAGUCAUUGCUCAGAUCAAGCUCCUUCAAUCAGCUUGCAACAGCUAUUGUAUGACUUCUGAUCAAAAGUUCAUUCAGUGGUUCCAGAGACAACGACUUUUAACAGAAGAGGAAAGCUAUGCCCUCUCUUGUGAGAUUGAAGCUGCUGUGGACACCAGCGCCACCUCACCAAAGCCUAGGAAGAGUAUGGUGAAGAGACUCAGCCUCCUGUUUUUGGGCUCAGAUGUGAUCAACAGCAGCACACCCACCAAAGAACAGCCUAAAUCAACUCCAAGUGGGAGCUCUGGAGAAAGCAUGGACUCGGUCAGCGUGUCAUCGUGUGAAUCGAACCACUCAGAAGCUGAGGAGGGCUGUAUCACGCCUGUGGACACGCCAGAUGAGCCUCAGAAAAAGCUCUCAGAAUCCUCCUCAUCUUGCUCCUCUAUCCAUUCCAUGGACACAACUUCCUCAGGACUGUCAUCCUUCAUCAACCCCCUCUCCUCCCCUCCGGUCACCAACAACAACUCGAAAAACCACAAACGCUCCAUCUCAGUCACAUCCAUUACCUCGACAGUGCUGUCUCCAGUUUACAAUCAACAGAAUGAAGACACUUGUAUAAUCCGGAUCAGUAUAGAAGACAACAAUGGGAACAUGUAUAAAAGUAUCAUGUUGACAAGCCAGGAUAAAACUCCAGCUGUCAUCCAGAGAGCCAUGUUGAAACACAACCUUGAUUCAGACCCUGCAGAGGAUUAUGAGCUUGUCCAAGUCAUCUCAGAGGAUAAAGAAUUGGUCAUUCCAGAUACGGCAAAUGUCUUUUACGCUAUGAAUAGCCAGGUGAACUUUGACUUCAUCCUACGGAAAAAAACGGUCCUGGAUGAACAGGUGAAAUUGCGGAGUCGGACCAGCUUGACCCUGCCCAGGACAGCAAAGAGAGGCUGCUGGAGCAAUCGGCACAGCAAGAUCACCCUCUGAAAGGGAGCAGGAGCUCACCAAAGCAGGGAACGGACCAGGGAGGAUGACAGGAGAACUUCAACUACCACCCAGUAUUAGGGAGCCUUCAUCUAUUCAACAAAUAUUUAUUGAGCAUCCGCUAUGUGUAUGGCACUGCACAAGACACCUUGGGGCAAUACCAAGAUCAAUCAGAUAUGAAAGAGAUGAACUACUACUGCAGUGUUCCUCCUCGACCGAUAUGGGAUGAGAAUGCCAAGUUACCCGCAUAUAGAAAUAUAUAGGCGUCUUUGUGUAUGUGUGUAUAUAUACAUAAACAUAUUUUAUAUAUAUAUAAAUGUAUAUAUAUAUAUGUGUGUGUGUGUGUAUGAAAGGAACUUUAUGGGAUAUUCUGGACUAUGGGAAAAAAUUUGCACAUUGGCCUAGGAUGAUAUGGUCAUUUUUUAAAUAAGGGGAAAAAAAAGAAGUUACUGAGAACAUAUACAGCCUUACACACCUUCCAAUUAAAUGGAAUCAGAUCCUAGGAAUACGAAUUUUCCUUUGUGCCAGUAUUACUUGUAACAUGAACUUCAAAUUUUAUUUUUCUAAGAGGAGAAAAACCUCUGAAAAUCAAGUGCCACCAGAGACAAACAAGUGCAGGAUGAGAAGAGUCACCAUCAGCUGAAUGAAAGACCGACUUGGAAAGGGUCUGGAGGAGCCGAUGACUCUCUGUGUCCACCUGCACAUGCCCCAUUCUGUCAGCCUGGGCUGGGGAAUGGGUGAGGAGCUUGGGUUUCCCCCUGAAGCUCAGCUGGAAAGAGAGUGCUAGAUUUUGGAGCCGGAGGACUUGGGUCUAAACCCCUGCUCUCUGACUUAUUACUUAUUACCAGUGUGACCUUGGCCAUUUCAUUUCUUCCUUGAGCCUCAGUUUCCAAAUCUGAAAAAUGAGGAGCUUGGACUUAGUGAUCUCUAAGGUCCCAUCCAGCUCUACAUCUAUAAUCUACCUUGAGCCAUUUGCUCAACAAAUUGCUUUUCUGGAGGAGGAGGAGAGAGAACUCAUUUUGUCAUCUUCGGAUUUUUCUGACCAACAUUUUGUUUUUUGCAUUCAGGAUCAGAAUAUGGACUUUAGUUUUUCCUUCUAAAAACAUUCAGAAAUGGAUCAUGCUUAUUUUUGCACAAACACUCGCGUUUUUGGUAACUCACCAGCCAGGCAAGGAAGUGAAGAAGACGUCUGACAUCUGCGGACUCUGUCCAUGUUUGAAGGCCACUGGUCAUUGCCUUUCUGGAUAAAUGCCUUUUGUGUGCACAGCUGCCUAUCAUGCUGGGCCUCUGCCACCAGAAUUGCUGUUCCUCAUCAUUCUGUGCAAUUAUUCCUCAGGUGUAGAACUCUUUGUGGAGACUGACUUAGAUUGGGGACUUGAAGUCUGUGAAGGAAUUGAUUCCUGAGCAUCGAUUGACCCAUUGGCUGCCUCUGAAGAUGUGCCUGUUUAUUGUAGCAGUGCCCAGUUUGACUUUAUUAUUAAUUUUUGUAGCAUCACUGUGCCUAGCCCACAGCCUCCCCAGGGCAGGGUGGGGGACAGCCACCUUGUGGGGUCAGGGUGCAUGCCAACUUAAAUGUUUCUUAACAAGGUACAUUCUCCAAAUGGAAUAAAGAAGUUAAUUUUGCGUAUGGACCCCCUCCCCCUCUAUAGCUGCUAUUACUCUGUCUCACUUGGAAGUGAAAUUUUUAUUGCCAACUAUGCCAUUUUCCUCCAGAGUCUGAGGUAUGGUAAAAGUCAUUUUAGGAGUUUGAAUUAAAAGCCAUAUAUGUUCGAUAUUGACGUGUAAGAAGCACUUACAGAAUGUCAUCCUUAAAUUUUUUUCUCAGAUUAUUAAUCUGCAUUCCAAAAAUUAAAAAUAAAAUGAAAUGAACUGAGAUUAUAAAAUUUAGAUUAUAUACAUAGUUUUCUCUGUGCCAGCUCCGUAACGCGACUAUGAAAAGUUGUGUCUCGUUUAUGUUCUGUGAACAGCCAUAAUAAAUCAAGCUUGGGGAACUGGAAAGGUCUGAAGAGCCAUAAUGCAUGGACAAGAAAAAACACAAUCUUAGAGAAUGCCUUACAUCUUGCUCGACUUUCUCAGUGAUGUUGAUCAUUGCACUGUAAAGAUGCCCAACCUCAUACGGCACGGAGACAUUAUCAGGUCCAUCUUCAUUUUGAGGAGAGGAGGGAAAAAAGUGGCAGGUGAUGUGGCCGUGGGCCCCACAGUGCGACCAACAAACCAGAUGGAUCGACGCUAGAGCCUUAGCCUGUUUUUCAGGCUGUAAAUCCAGAAAUAACCUAUAAGAAUGUGUGGUUGAAUGUCCCCCGAGCCCAAUGUGUUUGCUUGUAUAUACUGUACAUGUAGAGAUUAGAUUUAUAUACUGUACUGUACAAAACCUGUAUUUUUCAUUUUUAAAGAUGAUGCAAAUGUCCAGUGGGAUAAAAUAGCCUCAUUUAUUUAAUGCCAUAUUUUAAAUACCAUUUUGGUUCCUAAUGGACAGCUUGUAUGUGCUUUAGCCACUUGCACUCUUAUUUGGCGUCUUUAGCAUCUGUUUACCUUCUGGUUAAACUAAUAAACUUAUUUGGGAAUAGGAAGCAUGUGCUGCCUAAAGCCCAAGGGACUAUGUCAUGAAUGUCA